CUUUUCUUGGGUGAAAGGAAAUCGACGGAUCUCGUCUGACGUUAAACGGGAGUUAAAAGGAGACUCCAUCUGGAGACAUCCAGGUGCCAUCUGCAGGAGCUCCAAACUGUGGACAUGUUCUGCUGGGGUGACUCUUCGACCGGACAGCUCGGGCUGGGUGACUACGAUGAAAAACUAGUGAGCUCCCCCCGCCCUAUGAGCGCCCACUUUCAGAGUGCUGUGGUGCAAGUGGCAUUUGCCGAUUGCCACACGGUGUUUCUCACCCGGGACAGCACCGUGUUCUGCUGUGGAGCGAUCUACACGGGACAGCAGGGCAGGGAGGUCCCCGGAAACCACAGUCCAGAAUUCAUUGAGGGUCUGGCCGAUGUGAGGAGUGUGGCGUGUGGCAAACAUCAUUGUUUGGCCGUCUGUGGUAACGGUCGAGUGUAUUCAUGGGGAGCAGCGAGUGACCAAAGGGAUUUAAGAAGCGUGAAGCCCAGGGUAACAGAUGGAUUUCUGAACGUUCAGGUGAUUCAGGUUGCUUGUGGAAGUCACCACUCUCUGGCACUCUCUACUGGUGGCGCUGUCUACUCCUGGGGUGACAACUCUUAUGGACAACUUGGCCUCGGCAAAUCCAUUGCCUCCCAAAGAGCCCCGAAGCCCGUGACGGCCCUCUGCGGGGUUCCUCUGGAUUUUAUUACUGCAGGUGGGGAUCACAGUUUUGCCGUCUCAUUGCCAGGCUCAGUUUACGGCUGGGGCAGGAACACCGCAGGGCAGCUUGGACUCGGACGCAUCGACGCAAAAGGCAGGUUCACCCCGUGUCUCAUUCCGGCACUGAGCUCCAUUGGUGUUGCACGUCUGAGGUGUGGAGAGGCUCACACGGUGGCCCUGACGCAGGAUGGGAAUGUGUACACAUUUGGCGAUGGAUGUUAUGGACAGCUGGGACAUUCCAGCACCUCCAGUGAAAGGACUCCCCGUCGACUGGAGCUGUUUGAUGGCACGGCUACUCAGAUAGCCUGUGGCAGCCACCACACCCUGGUAUACUCUGCCACCACGGGACAACUCUACGCAUUUGGCAGUGGAGCAAAAGGCCAGCUGGGCAUCGGUGGCACGAGCGAUAAGCUGCAGCCUUCACCUGUGGAUCCUGUCUGGAGGACACCUGCGGAGAAUGGGUCACAGGAGCCCCAAGACAUUGUGAUCUUUGCAGGAAUGAAUUCAAACUUCGUGCAGACCUCAUCCAUCGAGGGUCAUCAUGGAAUAAAGCAGGUGAUGAGGAUUAAUGAGACAAAACUACAGAAGUGGAUGGCAGUGACAUCUGGAAGUGAAGAAUGGAAAGAAGCCAAAAGUGAGAUCAGCCUCAUCUUCUCAUCCAGCUCCUGUCUGGUGGCAAGUUUCUUAAAAAGCAGACAAAGGUCACUUUCAGAGCAGGGGGACAACUCUUACAACGUUGAUCUUAAGCGUGCCAGGAAGACCUUCACGCAACUUCAGAGGAAGGACUGGAUUGUCCAACAGAUGGCUUCAGCCCUAUGCGAUAAGCUGAUUCCAGGUCUCCAGGGGUUGUCUCAAAUGUCCGAGGCUCUUGAGGUCUACCUAUUGUUUCCUGAGUGCUCCUUAUUUCACGAGGAAGGCAAUGUCACAAAAUUGGUUUCUCAUGUAGCAGCAUCCCUGGCCCGAAUGAAUCUCUCGUCGAUGAAGACUCUCAGGAGUUGGUGGUCCGUCCUCCAAGCCUCCUAUCUGAACAAGAACAUUCAGAUGUUCAAGAGUGUCAUCUCAUUUUCGUUGAAGUCACACUAUGACAACUUCAUAAAGGACGCCCUUGUGACCUUGAAGCAGAUAUAUAAGGCUAAUGAAAAAGCUGAGUUCACCGUCCCAGUGGAGAAUUUCUACAUCAAGGAAAUCGCUGUGGUCAAUCUUCAUUACGAAUUGUUCAAGUGGAGGCAUUCUGCCCAACUGGAGGAUGUCAAGAUGGAGCCGGUCAUAUUCUGCCAUUUCCCUUUUGUCUUCGAUUUACAGACCAAAAUUCAGCUGUUUCUACAGGACUCUUGCCUUCAGAAGGAUUAUCACUGGCAGCUGUGUGCUGUGGUGGCCAUGCAGAAUUUAGCCAUGAGGCAGGUGGAAAUGCCCCCAAAGCCAAUAUUCAGCCUGACAGUCAAACGCUCCAAUCUUCGGGCGGACGCCUUCAGAAAACUAAACCUGGCGACCAAUGAGGACUUGCGGAAAGAGCUUAUGGUGGAAUUUGUUGGAGAGCCCGCCCUGGAUUUGGGGGGCGUCAAGAGGGAGUUUUUUCUGCUGUUAUUCGAUGAAUUGAUUCAGCCGGAGUCGGGCCUGUUUUGUUACAAUGACUCCUCGACCUUAAUCUGGUUUCCGCCAAAGAGCACCGUUGAACGGAAGCAGUACUUCCUGUUCGGGAUCCUGUGUGGGUUGGUGAUGUACAGUUUCAACAUCGUCCAUCUUCCGUUCCCUCUCGCCUUGUUCAAAAAGCUGCUCGAAAGGAAGCCAACGUUGGAAGACCUCAAGGACCUGGAGCCAUCGCUAGGAAAGAGUCUGCAGUACCUGUUGGACUACAUCGACGACGAUUUUGAAGACAACUUCACCAUUUUCUUUUCGGUGGUUUGGUGUGAACAAGAAGUGGACUUGGUGGAUAACGGGAAGCAUAAACCUGUGACUAACACCAACAAGCAGGAGUUUGUCGACGCCUACGUAGACCACAUACUUAACAAGUCGGUGAAGGACCCCUUUGAUGAGUUCAAGAGGGGCUUUAUAAAGGUCUGUGACCAAGACAUCCUGGGGUUCUUUCAGCCUCAAGAGCUGAUGGACUUAAUGGUGGGAAACACGGACUACGAUUGGGACGUUUUGGAGGAGAAUACGACUUACACAGGCGAAUACCACAAGAAGCACCCCACCAUCAUGCUCUUCUGGAGUGUCUUUCAUGAAAUGAAUCUCCAUCAACGGAAAGCCUUCCUCUUGUUCUUGACAGGAAGUGACCGGAUCCCCAUGGCCGGAAUGGCCUGCAUUAAGAUGACCAUCCUGUCAUCGCCUCACUUGACUGAGGACCACUACCCCGAGGCCAGCACCUGCUUCCUCCAGUUAAUGCUGCCCAGGUACUCCACUAAAGAGAGACUUCAGGAGAAGCUGCUGCACGCCAUACAGCUCAAUAAAGGCUUUGGGCGGACAUGAGUGCCUCUUCCUCCUGUGGGCCGAGUGCUUGAGCGUUGAAGGACGGGCCAAGUGGCUCCAUGAAACUGUAGCCCGUCUGAUGUAACUUCAUAUUUAUUGAUGUCAAAGAUGUUGAAUAAAUCAAUUCAGUUCUCAC